CGGCCAGUCGUAGCCCGACCGCCGUCGUACGCAUGUGUGACUCUCAACUCCUCUCCUACUUCAUCUGUGUUCGUAGAAGGAACCUUCCGCGACCAUGUUCCGUGUGUUUUACCUCCUCCUAGUCAUUAUAAACAUUUCUAGUUUAGGUGAUAUAGUUUCUUGCGCGAAUUGUGUUAACGCGGAGCUUAAUGUUAGAGAACUUAAUGAUGUAAGAAUAGAGUUCGUGAAACAGCAGAUCCUGAAGAAGUUAAGGUUGACGAAGAAGCCGGCUGUGGCUGUGCCGGUGAACAGCUUGCCGAAUCCGGUGGCGCAAGGGCAGACGCUGAGCCAAGGGACGGCUAAACCGCCAGAGUUUGAUGAUUAUUAUGGACGGACCGAGCAGAAGAUUAUAUUUCCUGUUGAAGGGGAAUGUCUAACGUCAGGUCGGUACCCGUUCAUCUGCCUGCAGUUCGAGCUGCCUCCCGACGUGGAGCCCGAGGAGGUCACCGUUGUGGAGCUGUGGUUCUAUAAGGAGCGCGACCCCCUCGACGAAUACAACCAAACCUUCGUGAUAUCGGAAGCAGCGCACUGGGACCACCAGCAGCAGUUCAAGAAGACUAAACCUAUCGCCAUCAAGGAGACGGACAUCGGCGAGGGCUGGGUGCGGGUGGAGCUGGCCUGGGCGGUGCGCGUGUGGCUGGAAGGCCGUGAGCGGUGGCACACGCUGCACGUGGCGUGCAGGACGUGCCAGCUACGCCGAGCACCGCUCUCCUUCCACGAGAAGCACCGUCCAUUCCUCGUGCUGUACACCAAGUAUGCCGGCAAGCGGCGACGAGGAAGGACGCUGGAGUGCGGCGCCUCCACCAGCGAGUGCUGCCGCGAGCCGCUGUAUGUCAGCUUCCAGGAGCUGGGCUGGGACGACUGGAUCAUCCAGCCCUCGGGGUAUCACGCCUACUUCUGCAAGGGGACUUGCGCACCCAUAUCUGCCGUGUCCCAGGCGGAUAGCUACCACCAUAACAUUAUUAGAAAAUACUUCUACACAGUGGAGAGGCGAGCCGAGUUCCACCCGUGCUGUGCGCCCACCACCUUCAGCUCUCUCCAACUCCUGUAUAUGGACUCCAACAACACAGUGACGCAGAAGACUUUACCCAAUAUGGUGGUGGAGUCGUGUGGGUGUAUGUGAGAGUUACUUUAUGUUUAGGUUUAAGGCGCACUAAACGGUUCUUACCGCAAAAUUCAAAUUUAAUUUGUUUUUUCGCAAUUCGCAUUAUUAGACAGUUACAAUUAGUCGUAGUAUCGACUAAUUUGUAACUCACGUCAAACUCAUUAUUUUGACUAAUUUCUUAAACUGAACACUUUCAAGUAAAGAUUUUUAUGUAAUCCUGUGAAGAUGAUACUGCCAUUGGCGUAAUUAAAAUGCUAUAAGCCUACGGUGUUGUAUUAGUUAACGAAUUGCGAAAAACCAAAUUAAAAUAUGAAUUUCGCGGGCAGACCCGUGUAGUUAGCCUUAAUUUUAAUAUUAAGAAAUUUUAGGGCUAGUUCACAUCAAGCCAGUUGUGAUAGGUUGAGUUCAGUAUUCAAGUUCCAAAUUUUUAAUUACUCAAUUCAAUAGAUUAAAUUGUGAUUGUGAAUGUGCCAGUAACGGUCAAAUUUUAUUCCAUUUUUCAUUUCAUCUAAAUAUACUCAAUUUGCUAUUUUGUUAAAAUUUCAAUAAUCAUUGAUCAAAAUAAACUAAUUUUAUCGUUCGCUUACACACUCUACUGAACAUACAUUAUUACAAAAAUAAAACUCUUAAUAAAUAGGUAGAUUUGGUUGUAAGUUUCAAGAUAAUUACCCUACUUACCAACAAAUACUUAGUCCGACUUGCCAAUUUUAGUCAACAAUUCGUUUAAAGCCUAGUUUCUCGACCAAGUGCGUUGCCUCAACACUCGACCGAACACUCGGUUGGUGUAAACUAGCCCUUAGUGCGGUGUGAUUAGUGAAUUUAGCUGAAUCGACAUUUAUAGUUUAAUUUAUGUGAUGAAUAAAUACGGGCCUGAAAGAGAUGAACGAAAACUGAAUGAUAGUUAUAGGUACCUGGAUAUAUGAAAGUGUAUGAUAGAUUAUAUAAAUACGAAUGUACAUACAGAUAAAGCAAUUUUUUUUUAAAUAUGUACAUAUUAUACUUAGGUACUAAUGCGUAAUAUGCUAAGAUUAGGGUGGAUCCACAUCUAACUGUUUCAUUGGUCACGUCUCAUAUCACGCUUCAGGUUGGCUUUGGCCAUAUUGUAAUUUUGUCCAAUCAUCCAUCUAUUCGAAUGUGUCAAUGAUCGGUUUAGCAAAGGCUGCUGCUACAAAAUGUACACAUAUUUUAACAAUCGCGAAACGCAUAUUAAACCUACUUAUUAUCCGCGCGGACAAUGUAAAUCUUCUUUAUUCUUUAUCCCGUAGUAAUUUCGAAAAAAAUGUCCUUGUUUUUUUCAACCAACGAAAAGAUCCAGAUGUGGAACCACCCUUAGAUUUAAUUGAAAAUGGGUGAUAGUUGUCCUACUUAAGUUUAUGUGAUAUUGUUGUUUCGAUAUUAUGUUAUAGUUGUGUAAGGUCUGUUGUGAAUUGUGAUGUAUUUAUGUAGAAUUAUUUACUUUAAAGUGCAUUUACGUUAUUUAAUUGAUAGAUUUAAUAUUAUAAUUUUUAUUUUUAUCAUUAGUUAAACCUUAGGGUUAGUUAAAAAAGUUAUCCUUUAUUCAUAAAAAUAUUGCAAUGGUUGCUAGCUAAAUAACUAUUAAUAAAUUUUCGUUAAAAAAAUCAAAGAAAUGUUAAGCCUACAUUAAUCUAAGUAC